AUGGCAUUCCGAAGGCAAGUGAAGAACUUUGUGAAAAAUUACUCAGAUGCGGAAAUCAAGGUCAGGGAAGCGACCUCUAAUGACCCCUGGGGUCCCUCUAGCUCUCUGAUGUUGGAUAUCAGCGACUUGACUUUCAACACGGUUUCUCUCUCAGAGAUUAUGAAUAUGCUAUGGCAGAGACUCGGUGACCGUGGGAAGAACUGGCGCCACGUGUACAAAUCACUUACACUGAUGGAUUAUCUCAUCAAGAAUGGAUCAAAGAGAGUUAUUCUGCAUUGCAGAGAGGGCUUCUGUAACCUUCAGACGCUGAAAGAUUUCCAGCACAUCGACGAAGCUGGGAAAGAUCAAGGUUAUUAUAUCCGGGAGAAGUCUAAGCAGCUCAUGGCAUUGCUGAUGGAUGAGCAGCUGCUGUACAAAGAGCGGGAAGUGGCACGUCGGACCAGACGGCGCACCUGCUCCACGGCAUUUCCUAAGAGAUUGCCUGGCGCAGGUAACUCACCAACAGCGUGUGCCUCUGCCCCUACGCCAGAGAACCCUGCCUCAGAGAAGAAGCACAAGCGCCCUAAGAUUGCAAGCCUCCGGAGUAAAAAAAACGCUUCCAAGGCAGGGCUGAAACAAGAGCAGUGCCAAGACACUCAGUUGCCUGCUGGGACUGCGUUGUCCCAGGAAUCUCUGCCGCUUGUGUUUAGUGCAUGGAAAUCAACAGAGGACCUGAUGGUGUUUUAUGAUGAUGAUCCAAAGCCUCUCUUGCCAACAGUCCCUCCCUCCGUUGUCUCUUCAAGUGCACGGUUUUCAGCAGGGGCUGCAGAAGUGUGUAAGCUGCAGGACACAGGUGCUGUGCCUGCUCGCUCGGGGAAAAGUGAAUCCCCACAGGUAGCCGUCACUUUGGACAGGAGGUCUGACGGUACCGAUACAGAUGCCGUGACAGAAAACCCCCUGCCAGUGCCGCCAGACGAGCAGGUGGCCGCGGGAAGCUGUGAGGCACGAGCAGCUCUGCCAGCAUCCUGGUACUCAAGUAAAGAAGAGUUCAUCAGCUCCAACUUAAAGAUCUCAAAGUCAGAUUCUGCUUUCUACGACCGGGCCUCUGUGGAGACACUCUACGUCUCUCCCUCAUUCAAAACCUUUGACCCCGUGAAGGAGAAGGUGAUGGAUAAGGACUGCGAGAGGCCGGCGGAGCCCAGCACCGUUCAGAUGGUGGAUGAAAGCCAGCCCUGCACCACCACCGUCCGAGACUCACCUCCAGGCACCGGUGCUGUCCUCCAAUGGCUGCGUGGUGCCAGGCGCUCUCCUGCCACACGGUCGUGGUCACCGCGCCUGGCCUCCAUGAGCAGCGAGACACUCAGCACCACGUCCGAGGGCACCUCGUCCCUUUCCACGCUGUCCCUGUCAUCGCCGGAGUCCGCCUCUCCGGAGAAGUCCGCUCAGCUCCUGCACCCGCUUCUGGCCGGACCUUCCUUCUGGACUCUGCCCCAUGAGCAGCCCUCCUCCACCUCCCGCAAAGACGGAGCUGCACCCGCCCAGGCCCGCUGCCCCUUUGCCCCCGAGAGCCCCACGUCUUCGGCCAACGACGAGAAUGGCAACCCCGACCCGGGGGAAGCUCCCCCGGGCAGCUCCGACUCCAACAAGCAGAUGAGCCGCCUCACCAGCAGUACCUGGGUCGAGCUGUCCACCCAAAACCUAGACUGCUUCACCUCUCUGUCCUGUUCUAGUUUCCAGACAACCAGGAGCUCGCCUAGGGACCCCGAAGCAAAUAGUUCCAUCAAGGUCCUCCUGGGGGAGGUGAGGAACGCCAUCGCCAGGUUACACGAGGACCUGAGCCUGGUGAUCCAAGAGCUGACCGUGGUCAACAGCCACCUGCUGAGCAUGAGCGGGAGCGGGCCUGGCGGGGAGGGCGGGGAGGGCGGGGAGGGCGAGGGCGGCUCCCCGCUGCUCUGA